GUCGUAUUCCAGCUGAGGAGCACUAGGAGUUAUUGAGGUCUGAGUCAUGGGUCCAGCUGUGGUCACUGCUGUCCUGCUGUUGGUGGGCAUCAUCAACUCUGUGACGGCACUAAACAACCAGGAGGCCCACAAAAUGUGCAGCCACCAACAUAUUCAUAUGUACGGAGACUUCUGGACCAGCUACAAUCAGGGUCGCGUCAUGAGAUACUUCGACACUCCCAAAACAUUCCAGGAAGCCAAGGCUCAGUGCAACUCUAUUCAUAGCGAGCUGGUUUCAGUCCACAAUCAACAUCAGAUGAACAACGCAGUAUGUAUGAGCAUGUACUUCUCCGCUACUAGAGGCCAACAUUUUUGGAUUGGAGCCCAACGAUCCGGGUCUGGGUUCAAGAACGAGGAUGGAACUGAAUUCAAGUUCACCAACUGGAGUCCACAUCAACCAGACAACGCUAGAGGAACAGAGAGCUGCAUCGAGGCAAAUUUUGGGGGAUUGGGAAAGUGGAAUGAUCUCAACUGCAAAACGAAGAGGGCCUUUCUGUGCGUGAAGAAAACAGCUGCUAUCUGCUCUGACGAAUUCAACCAGUGUCUCCGGAGACAGAAGAUGAACUGAGCUGCAGGUGGACCAGGCUGCUUCAGGACCACCUGGAAACACGAGCGCUUACAUUCACUGCAAUAAUAAACGCUUCAGCAUUCAUGUUC